AUGCAUGAAGAUGACUGGCGAUGGCACUUCUAUGAUACAGUCAAAGGUUCGGAUUGGUUGGGCGAUCAGGAUUCAAUCCAAUACCUUACUCGCGAAGCACCCAACUGUGUUUUCGAGCUGGAGAACAUGGGAAUGCCUUUCUCCCGAACUCAAGACGGCAAAAUUUAUCAGAGGUCCUUUGGUGGAGGCACGAUCAAGAACGGAAAGGAGGUAGCCAAAAGAACGUGUUGUGUGGCUGAUAGGACCGGGCAUGCCCUGCUGCACACUCUGUAUGGUUACUGCACCCAAUACCAGAACAUUAAUUUCUUUAACGAAUACUUCGUACUGGACCUUCUAGUUCAAGAUGGUGAGGUGGUCGGUGCUCUUGCGAUGGAUAUGGAUGAUAGUAGUCUUCAUAGGUUCCAGGCGAAGAACACUGUCGUCACAACUGGCGGGUACCCAAGGAUGUACUUCUCCUGCACCGCGGCGCAUACAUGCACGGGAGAUGGUUGCGCCAUGGCCUCCAGAGCUGGCAUACCCUUACAAGACUUGGAAUUUAUACAGUUCCAUCCCACCGGCAUGUACGGCUCCGGAUGUCUGAUGACUGAGGGCUGUCGUGGGGAAGGUGGUUACAUUAUAAACAGCCAGGGUGAGCGCUUUAUGGAGAAGUACGCACCCAAAGCCAAGGACCUCGCCAGUAGGGACGUGGUCUCAAGAUCUAUGGCUACGGAAAUACGUCAAGGUCGCGGCGUAGGCCCAAAAAAAGACCAUCUGUACUUGCAACUUCAUCACCUUAGCCCCGAGGUAAUAAGAGAACGACUGCCUGGCAUCUCGGAAACCGCGUUUAUCUUUACCGGAGUUGACGUUUACACCCAGCCAGUGCCGAUCCUGCCAACAGUCCAUUACACCAUGGGGGGAAUCCCAAUCAACUAUAAAGGAGAGGCUCUUAUAUACAAUCAAUGCGACUCUGUUAUCCCCGGACUGCAUGCUGCUGGCGAGGCAGUCAGCAACUGUCACGGUGCCAACCGGCUUGGGGCCAACUCCAUUCUGGAUGUCGUCGUGUUUGGCACGGCCAUCGGCAAGAAUAUUGGACAGCUGCAUAAGCCUGGUGAAAAGCAGCCGGAACUUAGAGACAAUUUAUGCGAUGGAACUCUGGACAAUCUGGACAAGGUGAAAAACUCCAAGGGUUGCGUGAAGCCUCACGAACUACGCGAAAGCAUGCGCACUACCAUGCAGAACAAGUGUGGCGUUUUCAGGGAGGCCAAGUUGCUGAAUGAGGCUAACGUAGAGAUUCAGAAAUGGUACAAGGCGUUCGAGCAGAUCCACGUGACAGAUACGCGGCUUAACUGGAAUACUGAUCUGAUAGAAACGCUGGAGCUGCAAAAUAUGCUGCAGACUGCAGUACAAGUUGUCGCCUGCGCCCUUAACAGGACAGAGAGCAGAGGCGCCCAUUUCAGAGACGACUUCCCUAAGAGAAUCGACGAGAUGGAUUACAGUAAGCCGACCAAUGACCAGACACCUAAGCCAAUCGAACAGCACUGGAGAAAACACAGCCUCUCAACAGUAGACCUGAGCACCGGCAAAGUGACCAUCACGUACCGGCCCGUCAUCGACAAGACGCUGGAUGACGAGAUCCAAACCAUUCCACCUAUACCAAGGGUUUAUUAA